GGCCAAACCAAGCAGCCAUGGGAAAGUUCUCCCCACUUUUUCCGAUUACAUCGAUUCUUUUUUAAAGAAGGAAACACACAAACCGAGUUGGAGCUGCAGACAGCUACUGUACUGUAGUUUGUAGGGAGCGGAGGGACACACUGAGAGGACACACGGAGGGAGUGCUGAGGCCAAUAAACACCAGGAGAGACAAAGACCCGCUUCACGAGAGAGAAAGGAGCAGAGGAUGUCCAGAGCUGACUGGUCCUACCUGGAGCACCUGCUGGAGGAGGGCCAGGAGUAUUCGACGGGCGUUGGCCGCGUCUGGCUUACCGUGCUCUUCCUUUUCCGCAUGCUUGUACUGGGAACCGCCGCCGAAUCCGCCUGGGAUGACGAGCAAGCCGACUUCGUUUGCAACACGGGGCAACCCGGCUGCACCCCCGUGUGCUACGACAGAGCCUUCCCCAUCUCCCACUUCCGCUACUUUGUCCUCCAAGUCAUCUUCGUCUCCACGCCGAGCAUCUUCUAUUUCGGAUAUGUGGCUAUAAGGGCCGGGAAGGCCAAGAGAAAAGAGGAGGAUGAGAGGGCGGCAGAAGGUCGUGGUGGUGGUGGUGGUGAGAGAGGAGAAAUAGCAAUAGAAAGGGACAAUAACAAUGUGACUAAAGACAAUGCAGAAGAGAAGGAGAGACAGGAGGAUGGUGGGAAAGGUAGAAAAGCUGACAAGGCUCCUCCGCCAGACGCUCCUAAACUGAAAGGCAGGUUGCUGUGUGCGUACGCGUGCAGCAUCCUGAUUAAAGUCCUCCUGGAGGUCGGCUUCAUCCUGGGGCUGUGGUUCCUUUACGACGGCUUCCUCAUCGCGGCGAAGUUCGAGUGCACGGGGUCCCCUUGUCCUCACACGGUGGACUGCUUUGUCUCCCGACCCACGGAGAAGACCAUCUUCACCAUCUACACUCAGGUGAUCGCCGCCGUGUCCGUGCUCCUCAAUCUCAUCGAGCUCCUCCACCUCCUUCAGCUCGCCAUCGCCCACCGGCUGGAGAAACGCUACCGCGCAGAGCUCCAAGACUACCUACCUCGGUCGGUACCGGCUCAACAGGAGGCUCCGGAACUCCAAGCGUGUGCGUCGCAGUCGUACAUAGCAGGGAGCCGUGUUAGCCUCCCCAUGCAGCGUGAGGCUGCAUGCUACCCGAACCCUUGCGAGAGCUACAGGGAUCUGGCGAUAGAGGUGAACUGGGGACCCGGGGAGGCUGCGGGUGACCUACUUCCCAGUUAUAUGAACUGCGUGGGGGCCAUGAAGACAACGCAUUCCCCGAGGGUCCACUAUAAGAAACACACACAGCACACAGGGGUGAAAAACACUAAAGGCGCCCAUAAGGCACUCUCAAAGCAGAAGCAUUAUGUAUGACGCAGUCAGAUGUGGUGAUUUGUUGUUUAUGACCACGAAAGCUUUGUUUGGUUUCCAGAUUCUUUUUUCAUAGAUACUAUCCUGCACAUGACACUUGACUAUCAGGAGUGCACCAAUGAGGGAGAAACGAAGAACAACUAUUGCACUGUGAACUUCUAUGCCUCAGAGGAAGGCAGGCAAACGGAGAUUUAGCAGAUAAAUGGACCUAUUCAAAACGAAACAUUUUGAGAACACUCCCCAAGGCAAAGAAAAUGAGACUCCGCGACGAGAGAAGAUUACAGUCAUAAGAUGCCUUUUAAUGACUUUAGUGCUGGAUGCGACAGUGGAAAAAAACAGUGCAAUGGGGGGUCUGCGGAGAGUACCAGAUUUAAGCAUAUUCCUCUGGGAAUUGCACUGUAACCCCUGGAGUUCUUUGAAGGCCCCCCCUCCUCUUCUCCCUCUCUCUCCCAUGGCUCCGUCCACACUGUGGAAUGUACUGGUCUCUGGAUCUCGCUCUGCUCCCGAGAGGAUAAUGACUGCGUGGAUGCGUGGAUGCAUGCAUGCGUGCGCGCACACAAUGUACUUUUCCCCUUUCACCCAGUGAGUUUUGGUCACUCGAGUUGGGGAUGUGGCCCGGGGAAGACAUGGGUGAAGAGAAGGAGAGCCAAACCAGAGGAAUUCUGGGAUUGUGAAUGACUUGUAUAACAUUGCCAGUAACCAGAGUAAUUUAGCUAUGAAGAACGAGGGAGAGAGAGGAGACUACUGCAUACUAGAAUAUGAGAGCUGAAUAAUGGAGGAAAGACAAGCAUCCAGUUUAAAAAAAUCAAACCUUUUUCGACAGCCUGAGAGAGAACUCAAAAGAUGCUUUAGUGAUCGCACAUUGAAUGGACUGAAAGCGGUACAGAAAUGUGCAAACUUGAUGAAAGGAAAUGACCAAUUAUGUGAAAACUGUAUUUAAUGUUUAAAGUAUUAUGAAGAAACACCAGUGUUAAUAUUUAUUAUUUUGUGGAAAAUAAAGUUUUAAGUACUAUAAAUUAA